AUGCUUCAGAUCAAGAAGAAGACGGCCGAGACGACCGACUCUCAGAUCACCAACGCCUCUCAGAACAAGACGAGAGACGGAGCGAUGGAUCUAGACGAUCCCUCGACCUCCUCGGAGGAUACCCCAAAACGCCCCAACAGCCCCGACAUAGUGGCGUUGUCCAAGAAGGAGCGCAUCCGCCUACUAAUCAAAGAGCACAUAGCUAUCUGGAAGAAAUUCGAGCUCGAGAAGCCCUCCGGAGCAACCCCCGAACUCAAAACGAUCUUGCACCAAGCGCAAGACUCUCAGAAGGCCCUACAGAAGCUGAUCACCAAAGAAGAGCUCGAAGGAUACGUCAAGGGAUGGAACCCCUGGGACGCCAAACGAGAAUUAUUCCCUCCACCGCCGAAGAAAGAGGGCAAGAAGAAGAGCUCAACUUCGAGGAAAGCCCAGCAAUACGACGAUCCUCGGGUCUGGGCGGACGUCUUCGAGAUAGGUCAGGCCUGGAGAGCAGCGUACAGACAACGCUCCCGCAAGGCACUUCCUCCUUAG